AUGGCUCAAUACUCUGCUUCCUUGGGAAACGGUGGUCUCACUGUUAGACCUGUCAAUGAUCACUUCUUCGAGAGCGAGGAUGACCGUGAUGGACGAUAUAUUCGAAGCAAGUCCCGCGAGGCCCAGCGUUAUGCCGCCGAGCAACUUCAAAUUAUGGCCGAUGAGAUGUCUAGGGCUACUGCAGACGAAUACCAGGAGGACAUUCUCGAUCACAUGGAGCGCAUGGAGGCCGAAACCCUGCCUGACGUUGAUAGCAUCGACAUCCAAACGGAAAUCCAGUGGUUCAUGCGACCUUACUUGCUCGACUUCUUGAUUGAGGCUCACAUUGCUUUCCAACUUCACCCGGAGACUCUUUUCUUGACCGUCAACCUUUUGGACCGGUACUGCUCCAAGCGUGUUGUGUUCAAACGACAUUACCAACUUGUUGGAUGCGCAGCAAUGCUCAUCGCUGCGAAGUAUGGAGACAAGAAGGACCGUGUCCCAACCAUUAGAGAACUCCAAAGCAUGUGCUGCGGUUUAUAUGAGGAGGACAUGUUUGUCCAGAUGGAACGUCACGUUCUCCAGACCUUGAACUGGAUUAUCGGACAUCCUACUGUUGAUAACUUCCUCCAAAUGAUUCUAUCUGAGGUUAGCUACGAUCCUGAAGUGGAGUACAUGGCUCUGUAUCUCAGCGAGAUCGCAAUGUUCCAUAAGGAUUUUGUUAGCACGCUUCCUUCCGUCAUGGCACGUUCUGCCCUCGCACUUGCAAGACACAUCCUUGGCCGGACCCCGCCGCCACAGUCGGACUGGGCGAUGUCAUACGAUACCACCACCAUCGUCCUACUGUCGCAGCACCUCCAUCGUCCCUCCCAGGUUCUUGUUCGUAAGUACUCGAGUGCUCAUUAUGGAGCUGUCGCGGUUACUUUGGAAGACUUCAUGGCGAAGCAAGCAGCUAUUGCUCGACGGCACACAAUCGCCCCGCGGGUUCGCCAAAUGGCCCCCCAACCACAGAUCCAAGAGCCGGAGAAUACCCUCGCGCCGCAGCCAGCUACUGUAGCCCCCAUGACACCUCAAAAACCCGGACCAGGACCGCAACAGCAGCAGAUGCCACAUGGGUACCCAACACCUCCAGAGACGCCAAAUGAUGACUAUUUCGAGCAUCAACAGGCUAUGCUUGCGGCUAAAGCUGCAGGCGCUGGUGCCCUUGUGCCUCAGAACCCUGCUACACCAAUGCCAACCCCUACCUCCGUCCCAGUCCAACCGGCCCAAGUCUACCAAUUCUAG